AUGAAGCCGCGAGCAGGCGUGCGGUUGGAGCGCGUGGAGGCGGGGCCGGCGGAGGAGGCGGAGGGGGAGGGCACGGAGGCGAGUCCGCGGCUGCCCAAGGCGGACAGCCACAGCCGCGCGUCCCACGAGGCCGUCGCGCGCAUCCUCGAGGACGACCCGCUGGAGGGGGGCGCGCUGGACGGGGGAAGCGCGGAGGGGGGAGCGGAUGGCGGGGGGGGCGCGGAGGAGGGAGGCGCAGGGGGCGGUGCGGUGGGCGGGAAGGCGUGGAGCGGAUUGGGGCAGGGGCAGGGGCAGAGCAGCAGAAGCAAGUUUGAGCCGGUGGGGUGGCAGGAGUACUUUGAAGAGGAGGAAUACGUGACAGUGGCCAAUGGCGAUGUGUUCCACGUGUACAGGGCGGGGCGCACAGGGCCCGUGCUGCUGUGCCUGCAUGGGGGCGGCUAUGCCGGGGCAUCGUUUGCGGUGGCGGCGGGGCACAUGAGGGGCGAGGUGCAGGUGGUGGCCGUGGACAUGCGCGGCCACGGCGCCACACGCACCGCCAACGACCUCGACCUCUCCGCCCAGACGCUGGUGGAGGAUGUGGCAGGCGUCGCAACGAAGCUCUUUGGUGACUCACCUCCCGCCAUCGUGCUGCUGGGUCACAGCAUGGGGGGGGCAGUGGCAGUGCGGGUGGCGGAGCAGCACCUGCUGCCAUCGCUCGCAGGCCUCAUCGUCGUCGACGUCGUCGAGGGCAGCGCGGUGGCAUCGCUGGGCCACAUGCAGGCAGUGCUGGCGUCACGCCCCUCACACUUCCCAUCGCUCCACAAAGCCGUGGAGUGGAGUGUGCGGUCGGGGCAUCUGAGGAGCGUUGAGUCGGCGCGUGUCUCGGUGCCGCCCACCCUCAUCCCAGACGCCACGGGGAAGGGGUUUGUGUGGCGUACCCCCCUGGAGAAAUCUCAGCCCUUCUGGAAGGGAUGGUACGCGGGUCUGUCGGACCUCUUUCUGCGCUGCCCCGUGCCCAAGCUGCUGCUGCUCGCCGGCACCGACCGCCUCGACAAGCCGCUGACCAUCGCUCAGAUGCAGGGCCGCUUCCAAAUGCUCGUUGUCCGCCACUCAGGCCACGCCAUCCAGGAGGACGAGAGCUUGGAGUUCGCUUCCAGCGUGCUGCACUUCAUUGCAAGAAACCGAAUCACACAGCGUGGCGUCAUG